AUGGGAAGAGUCAAUGACAAAUUGCGCUGGGUCAAAAGAUAUUUGAAGAGGACUGGUAAACUAAAGACGCUUGUAGAACUGGACAAAGAUAUAAAAGAAAAGCUAAAGAAAGACGACAGGGAAUCUUCCAAGCCCAGCUUCAAGAUUACGAAGAAUCAGGAUAGAAAGAAUAAAGAAGAUCGCCAUGAAAAGAAGGAUAAGCAAAAAAGGGAGAGGGUCGACGAGUCACUGACUGAUAAGAAGCAGACAGAUGAUAACAAGCCAGUGAGGCUGAGUUUUACGAUACAGAAAGCGCCAGAAAGAAAAAAAUUCGAGUUUGAGCCAGCUAAACCGAAGAAAAAAGAGUUGAAAAAGGAUACCGAAGAGCCUAAAAUUGUCACCAUUCCAAAGGAUUUUAAGAAGAUUGCCAAGAAGUUUGGACUGCCGCAAGAUCACCUAGAAUUCUUCUAUGAAUACAGAGAAUCAUUCAACUGGGAAAUCAAAGAAAAAAUCAUCGUUCAUUGCACCGAGCCUGGUUGUAAAUUGAAUGUCAAUAAAGCCGAAGCAUACUUUUUAAAAAAUAUCUCAAGUCCUUUAUUCAAGAUGAUCGUAUUCGUACAGUCGCUCGCUUUAUGUCUAAUCUGCAUCUUCGCUCUUGAGAAAUCCCGCCAAGUUGAUGUUUUGCUUUCAAAGCAAACCCGCCAACAGCUAGAAUUCCAAUCUGGCGUGGGUCAACUUCGCUUCGAAAUCUCCUCUCUCGAGAAUGAGAUUUCAAAAUUGACAGAAAAAAGCACCCGCUGCGACGAAAAUCUUCGUUCUCUGAAGAAAGACAAUGAAGAUCUCGUUUCGAAGCUCAAGAAAUCGUGUCUCAGGUGUCAAAAAUCAAGAGCAAGAUUGGAAAAACAACGAUUUCGCUUCACUGUCAAAGUUUUUGUCCAAAAAGAAGUUCCUCUUCAUCAAGAAGCGCUAGAAUCGCUGGAAUCGCGCGUUUCCCAGCUCCGCCAAAUCGCUCUCGAAGUCGAAAACGACAUUUUGAAGAAGUUUACUAACCUGACCCAUAAGCUGCACAAAGAAAAGUCUUCGCACAUUCUCCUCAAUCAAAAAAGCUGUCCUCUCACCCAAAUCUCUUCAACUAACAAAAUCAACCAAAGUCGCCAAAACGAAAAUUCCGAACUCCCCGACUUUGCCUCUGAAUAUUGUGGAGCUACUGUUAUUAAAGAAAAAGGAACCUACAAAAGCUUUGGGCUUGGAAGACUCAUGCUAAGGAACAGUUGA